UUGCAUGAGGACUUUUGAAAAUGGUGAAUGGAGAGAAAACUUGGUGUGUGGCCAAGCCAUCAUCCGAUCAGGCUACUCUUUUAGCCAACAUCAAUUAUGCAUGUUCACAAGUAGAUUGCCAGGUUCUGCAGAGGGGAUGCCCUUGCUUCUCCCCAGAUAAUCUCAUAAACCAUGCCUCAAUAGCCAUGAAUCUUUACUACCAGUCAAGGGGAAGGAACCACUGGAACUGCUAUUUUCAGAACUCUGCCGUCAUUGUCAUGACCGAUCCAAGUAAGUCACAUUUCUACCAAUUCCAACAAGCCCAUUCAACUGUGAUAUAG